GUUGUUCCCCUAUAGGCUCAUUAACGUCAGGUGGUGUGUCCUAUCAUGUUUUGCCAGCCUAUAUUUUUGUAGAAAUUAAACUCGCGACAUUCAUGGGAAACCAGGCUUCUCGUAGACUAGUAGUCUAAUUAAGGAAUUCCGUAUUACGUCUCGGUCUGUAGGACUGACUGAAGUGGAGGGGAACCUUUCUGUGGCGCGUCAUCUGCACUUGCAACAGCUCUACGCAGAUUGGUUUAGAAAUCCGCAGUGUCAGAAACGACCAUAUCCCUGCCAUGUGUUAGCUAGACACCUGACGGCUUUCACACGCUUUGGAAGCAGGCUAAUUUUCAGGAUAUUUCAUUAUAUGGAAAGUGAGACUGUGCAUGCUGUCGUGGUAAUGCUGCCUCCAAAGAAUUGCAUCCCGAGAAACUACAGCUGUAUGGCUGGGUUGUUCGGUAGUUUGGCUGCGGCUAGCCAGAGAAAAGAAGACGGGGAAGAAGAUACUGACGAUGAUCAUUGUGAACCUCUGGAAAAUCAUGUUGUGGCCGAGAGACCAAGAGGCAGGGAAUGCUUUUUGAAACCUCCGCAAAGUCCUACCUUGCGAAGAAGAUGCAAGUCAUUGCCGACUCCGACUGAGAGAGGCAAGCUUGAAAUCGCGAGGAGACGGAGCCCGUCUAGUCAGAAAAAGGUCAGAUUUGCCGAUUCUUUGGGUUUGGAGCUUACUUCUGUCAAGCACUUUUGCGACGCCGACAUGCCAGAGGUACCGCAACGGGUGCUAGACAAUUUCAAGAAAGGAAAUAGUCUACAUCUAAAUAUCUUUGAAAAAUUCCCAAGAAACCCUUCGCAGUCGAUUUUCAUGGAAACCCACUUCAGUAAUCCUGGUCAAUUACCAGGAUUCCUCCAAAAAGUGAAGAGAAUGAAAGUGUUGUUAGAAUCUGUUGAAACGGACGAGUUCAGCCUGACGGGGUUGAUCCGGGUGUUAAACUUGGCAUUCGAGAAGACUGUUAUUUUGAGGUAUUCUCUCAAUAACUGGGUGACAUAUUUAGAUAUUAUUGCGUCGUACGUCCCCGAAUCCAGCGACGGACUAACUGACAAAUUCUUCUUCAAGAUCAUUACCCCAAUAUUUCUUGAGACUGGAAACUCCUUACAGUUUGCCAUAAAGUACUGUGUGGCUGGUGAAGAGUUUUGGGAUAACAAUAACGGAAAUAAUUAUAAAGUUGGACGCCACAGAUUUAAAAUCUCACCUCCAAGGGAUUGGGAGAAUGGGUGGAUUCACUUCAUAUAGCAUGCGGGUUUAAAAAAAUUUUUUUUUUUUUUUACUUUUUUUUAAUUUAUUGAUUUUUCCAUUUGCUAAAAUAGCUACUGUGACUGUUUGUGCGUCAUUUCAUUGUGCACUGUAGGCUAUCGCAGCAUAAAUGACAAAAGUAGGCUAAUUUAAUUGUACUAUUUUGAGCGACAGCAAUAUCCGCGUGUUUGGGGUACUAUAUUUUAUAUUUGCUAAUGCUAUUGCGGGCUUUCAUGCAUUAUGUAUGCACGAAGUGUCUUUGUAACCUUGAGGCGGAUAGUUUGCAGGUCUAGCUGUAUGUGAGAUGCUUGAAAGUAGUGCAUUCGAUUUUUCGGGCUCUGCGUACGUAGCGUCCGUGCUCUCUUUGGCAAGGACAGGAUCGUGUGUAAAGACAAUACGAGUCACAGUUUGAACAUAAAUAUUUCGUAAUAGCCUACAUUCAUUUCUGUCAAAUAUUUCCUUGUUAUAUUUAGCGUACUAACUGUCCACAAAAUUCAGGCGUACGUAACAUUUAAAUGUGUUGGCUAAAGAAAUCUGUCUUUCUGAUUAUCCUGUGAGUCAAUAGUCUACCUUCUAUGUAGGCUAUCCUACCAUCGAUUAAUUUUACUCCGACUUCAUAACAGCUUGCCAGUUGCCACAUAUGCGACACAUUUCUUGUGCAGUAGGCUACAGUUAAAACGAUAGUUCAUUGUCAUAGAAAGGGACCACGUGCAAAUCACUUUUACUUAAGGGAGAAAAUGUUCUUAAAAUCCCUGGCUGGAUGAAUUAUGAUUAGGCUGUUUUAUUUAAAUAAAGUUAUUUCAGAUAUAAAUGUAAUGUUAUGUAGCUAUUCCAGAGUUGGAGAAAUGUAAUUAUUACUGCCAUUAGAUAUUCUCUUGAGUUCUGUCAGAAAGACAUUGCCUUAAAUGUCCAGAAAGCAUUGUAGGCGUUACCCGUAGAAUGUUAAAAUGGGGCAAAGUUUUGGUAUCAGAUUUGAACUCCUCUGGUGGCAUUGUGACUAGCCUACUGAAAUGGCUGCUGGUGCAUAAUACUGUUAAAGUAGUACUAACUAAUAAUGUGAAAGCAUCUAUUUUUAUCACAAUUCAUUAUCACGAAUAUGAAUAAAUAUAUAUAUAUUUUUAGGUUUGUUUUUUUUUAAUCGGAAGGGAAGUUAACCAAUGAGAAUUCAGUUCUCUAUAUGAUGGUAGUUGCGUGUGCCCUAAUUUCUUGAUAAAGGAGAAAUUACUGGUUACUGGUUAUAGGAAUACUGGGUAUUCCUGAUUAUGAACUAUAUGACAGCCAGGCUGCAGUCUGUUCCUCCUGCCUUAAAGGUGUGUGAUGGGUAUAAUGUUUGGUGGGUAGAGUUAUAAGUAGACCCAUGAAGUGUGAAAUAACCAUUGUUGCAUUGUAAGGAUGCAAAAACUUCAGACAGAUUAAGCCACAAUUAUAGCAUUAAGCUAAUUUUCAGGUAAAGAUGGGUUUUGAAAAAAUCUAUAUUUAUUAUAUUUUACUUAAGGAAAUCUUUAAAUAUAACAGGACCAGGAAGUGUAUAUAUAGUCCAUAUAUUAACACUCAUAACAGAAUGCCCGUAGCGUAUGUGUCCAAUAUUAUUGUUCUCUCUGCACUUAUUUUAUUUUUAGGCAUUAUUUCUCUUUAAAAAUUGAUGUAUGAUUGUUAGUAUUGGUAAGCACCACUUGUAUAAUACCAUGUCAUGACUUUCUACAAAAUAUAUAGAAGACCUGAAGAUGAAAUACCAUCAUAACUACUUGUGUUUAGCCUCAGCAAAUAAACAUGCUGAUUGAAAUUGAAUAUGGUAGAUCAAAAAGGCUUUUACAUUGGAGGAGAUGUUGGAAUUUUCUUAUCACCUUGCUCAGUGAUGGAACAAUCUUGGUGUGCAUGGUUAAGCAGAUUCUGGGGCCUGUUCCUAUUACCGGGAAGUAGUCAAAUGUGCUCAACUGCUGUGACUGUGGGCUUUAAGUGGUCAACCAUUCAGGAUUGCAGCCCUAUUCAGUCGCAAGGCCGAUAGUCUAGGGGUGUAACCCUCAGGCUUCACCACGACAUGAUACAAUUUUGAUUCUUGAGCCAACGGUUUGUUAUUUGGCAAUAGCCGCCUUAAGAUUAGGAACAUUGGCAUUCAUAUUUUGCUAUGAUUCAUAACAGUACAAAUCAAUUUUUGCACGUUGUAUCAAUUGGAUUGAAUCGUUUCCCUUUGAACCAAAACAUCGAUCCAUCGUAACGUUACUCCCCUAUACUAUACACAAUGUGCUCUGUGUACUUUUAUACAAUAAAUGUAGUUUCAAGUACAGUAUUUACUCAAGAAUCACAAUAUUUCAUUUGUUCUUUCAACAUAGAUUAGAUUGAUUUAACAAAGUGGUUGUAUCAGGAAUUGUGUCGUGCAACUGAUGCUUAGCCUUCUAUCCCUAUGAGUCUUCCUAAUUAAUGCACAGUGGUGACCAUUUCAUAUCUGUAAUUGCAAGUAGGCUAAUCUAAACCAAUGCAUUUAAAAUAAAUUCGUUUUUUAAAAUUAAUUUAGAUUAGAUUAGAUUUUUAUUGUCCUUCUAGCCCUUUUCACACAUUUUUCAGUGUAGGUGUCCGAGUCAGUUUUCCAUGUAAGACGUUCCUUCAGUUUGCCCUGUCAGGACCUAGUAAGAUUUAUGGAAAUCUUUUGCCAUGGUUCUAGUGUGAACAAAAGCAGUAGCAUUCCCGGAUAAAGCACGCAAAAGGUUAUGAUGUUCUUACCUGAGACCUUUUGUUUCUGACACAAAUUAUUUCAUAAAUAGCCUAUGUUACUGAAUCUGCCCUGUCAACAAUUCUUGCACAAAUAUAAGACUUUGCACAUUGAAGAUAUUGGAGCUGCAUUGUGUGGUUUUGUGAGGGAAAUUUUAACAUUUAUUUUAGCAGUAUAAUAAGCAGUGUUGCUGUACUUGACUGACAAGACUUUGUUUUUUGUAAGGACAGCAUUACAAAAUUGUCAGUGCCUCACAAAUUGCAUGUGUGCUACGCAAUACUCCUCCCUGGUGAACUUCUGUGUCAGGGAUUUACGUAGCUUUUUACUCAAUGGAGCAAGCUGGCUAGUGCCAUAUAUCAGUGCCACAUAUAGCUAGCUAUUUCAUUUGCUGAUCAUAAUUAUUUUCAUUGCCUUUUUACAGAAACCAAUUGCAUAUAUACUGUAUGUUUAAAUUUUAGCUGAUGAACCAUUCGUCCAUUGUUUAUCUACCCUUUGCUAUUUAGGACUAUAUCUGAGCUAUAUUGGCAAAAUAUGUCACCAUACAUUAUCUUGAAACUAUCACUCUUCAACUGUGUUGUGUUGGUGUGAUUUAUAUCUCUGCAAAAACUAUUAUUCAGUCUUGACGUUACAUUAGUUCUGGUUAGACAAACCAAUGUGACAUUAACAUCUGUCUUGCAUUGCUUCAGAGGAUUAACAUCCUGCCUUGCCUGAUCUAUCCGGGAUUUAUCCGCAUAGGAGGCCUGUGUGAAUGGGGAAAACCACUAUCUAACCCAGAUAGCUAAUUGAACCCAGUAAUGUUGUGGGUUCCAUGUGUGAAAGGGGCUAAUGAUUGAUUUGACCUCUUGCUUUAUUUAAGUCACAGAUGUGACAAAUCCUGUGUUUCAUUGCGAUCGAGACAUUUUAAGUGAAUUUCUGCAAACAUAUUUGAGUCUGGAUGAUGCCAAGGAUAUACAUUAUACUGUGUAUUUAAUUGGUAUAUGUUUCUGUUUUGAGAUACUGAUGGUAGACUUCUUUUUGAAUGUUAGCUUGGUUUGAAAGGACAGGCCUUCUAAAUAUUGUGCGCUUAUCCUUGUAGAAGGAUAGAUUUUCCUGUGAUUGGCUCACAUAAACAACCCCUUCUGUAUAAAACAAGCAUAGAGAAUAGGAAUAUGAAUAUUUGAAAUGUAGAGGUCAGAAAGCAAAUUGUCACCCCAGGAUAGCAUUUCUAUUGGACUGAAAUAUCCAUUCUCCAUGUCUUACGUUAUUCUCUGAUUGUUUAGCCAAGGAAAUUGAACCUUAUUUGAAUAAUAUAUUUUAUAUCGAUAAAUGAUAUAGCCUCUUUCAACUGAUGGCUGCUUUUCCUGGUCUCAAUAAAAGGAUAAGUAGUUUGGACAUUUGGACGACACAUUUUAGAUGGUGAUGAUCUUGCCUUCUUGACAAAUUUCACUUUAUUUUCAGUACAAAAGAAACAACAAGGAGUGUGAAACUUAAUUACAUAAUAAUAUAUUUUAAAGGGGUUUUCAAACCUGGUCCUUGGGAUCAAGUGUGUUUGCUGUUUUUUGGUUCUAACAUAUUUGAAACCUGGAUUGGCCAAAGCUAUUCAUUGUUCUUAAUUAUGAACUUUUAAUAUGAAUUUAAGGAUUUUAAUCUCUUGAAAUCACAAAAUCAUAAAUAGCCAAUCAUGCCAUGAAGAAAACACAUCCCCUAUUCACUUGGCUUUCCAAGACUAAAUCAUUCAGAUUAAAUAACAUUUCACUAUCUGUUAUGUGCUGAUUCCUUUAGAAAGAGAUUGCAUUUUUUUUUAAAGUUUUAAUAGUCUGAAUUAUAUGGAGUAGUCCUAUUGAAUUACUGUAUACAUCAAUGUGAUCUUAAUUGGUGACAUUUUGGACCCCUGUUCACUUAAACUAAACCAUUUGUGGAAAUCUAUGGGGCCAAAGACAAAUCAACAGGUGACAAAAAGUCAAACGUGCAUUGUGUUAAUGUAAGUUUACAGAAAAAGGAUGGAACAACUUGUUCUCAGAAAUGUUAAUGGAUCAAGAGAUUGACUGAAGAAACAGCAGACACAGUGGGUCUAGGAUUAAGUUGGAAAAUGCCUGUUUUGAAAGAAAGUUACAGCCACACUGGUUUGGCUUUAAUUUAUUCACUGUUUUAGUUUAAGUUGAGACCUGUGUCUCACUGGGACUCAAAUAUGGCCUCCAUCAUUGUAUCAAUGAACCUUAAGGCCAACUGCGUUUCGUGAUUUUAAUCUUUCCCUCUGUUAAGUUGAGGUCAGUGUACCAUUUGAUCGUUGCGAGGAUGACCUGCCCUGAGAUUUCUUCAUUGUCCUGGAAUGACCACCAGGCUGUGGACCCUGAACAAGGAUUUUGGGGUAAUGGAUAUAGAAUGUGAGAACUGAAGUGAAAGCACAUUGAAAUAAUGUUCCUGAUUCCUGUAACGAGAAUGUAAUUAUCUAGAUGUAAUAGCACACGAGAGUAUGUCCUUUUGGGGCUAAAAUCUUUUUGCACUGUGGAAUAUGAAUGAAAGCUACCUAUGUGAUUGUAGGGGGGUUAAAGAGGGCUACUCCCAAUUUGACACUAUUUCUUGUCUCUUUUCUGUGAAUGGCUAGAGAUAUUUAUAUUUUCAGUUGCGUGUUAACUUACUAUUUUGUACCACUAUCAGUGCAGUACCUUAAAUGUGAUAUAUGUCUGAUUUAUGUUUGUGUGUCUUCUUUUUUUAAAGAUAGUUUUGUGAACAAAAGAAUGAAACUAACUUGUGUGGAUUUUUUCAUCUAUGCAAACUUUUUUUUAGCGUAUAGCUAAUGUCUAUGUCCGUUUGUUGAUGUAUCCUCUCAUCUGUCUUCUCGUCUGAAUGUCAGAGGUUGUAUCUGGGCUGUUUGCAUGCACAGCUGAAGUACAUAUUUUUAUGGUGACUUUGUAAUGUAGCCAGUAUUUUACUAACACAGUGGUAAUAAAUGCCUUUGCGUUGGACACCAAA